AUGUUUUUUGUUUUCAACAAUGAAACGAGUCAGUUUCUGAGUGUACUGCUUACUUUUCUGGUGAGUAUCUUCUUCUUUCCAGACACAGAUUCCUUUCGAAUCUCUUUUAGACUUGCGUCCUAUUCGGAGGUUGCGCCAAAAAAUCGCGGCGAACAAUUGAGAAGCCAGUGGAAGAGCCGCACGUUUCGGAGCCGCCCGCCUACGAUGAAACGCAGGAGAACCUGCAGACGGCCGAGAUGAAAGAGGACGAUUUCGCGAACGUCCGACUUCUGACGCCGAUGCUUCCGGGCGGGUGCAACGAUGAGAACGCGGCGAAGGAGGCGGCGAGCCGGCACAAAUCCAAUCAAUACUUUCCGAAUCUCGAGGUUCAGUCCAGGAAGAUUGUGAACGAUACGACCCCGGAGGAGCUGAGGAGGAUGGUGGACGAGUUGCCGCCGCAUCCGCCGCAGAGAAUCAGAUCGGAUUCAAAGGAACCGAGUCUCGAGGACAGGAUUGCCAAGUGGAAGGAGUAGGGAUCUCGGCGGAUUUGACAAUAAAACUUUAUAUUUGUUGUUUUAGUGUCCACGUGGCUUUCCAUGACGUAGGAAUCGUGUACAUGGUGAGAAGUGUGGAUGCGUGCCGAUCGAAGGACGACGGACCGGGAGAUACAAUCGACAGUCCGAGCAGAGGGGAGGAGGAAGAGGAGAAGGUGAUCGGGGAGAAAUGCACUGCGCUGAUCUCAUUUUGCAGAUCAACUCGGAAUUGCCAAUGUCAGAGAACAAGAACGAGAGCAAUGUUCGGAGCACUCCGAAAGUGGAGAAUAAAGAGAAGCCGGCGGUAUCGGCACACUCAUCGAAGAAUCAAGUGAAAGAGCCCAAGUUGGCGGCCACCCAAGAGGAAACCGUCAACGAAGGGAAGACGCCGAAAGUCAUGAAGGUUCCAUCUGUUCGUCAGGCGGAAUCGAUCAAGUCUGUGAACCUUUGA